UCCAUCCAUACCUGAUUUAUUAUUAAUCAUUUAUUGAAGUGAUCAAACCACAUUAAUUUUAAGCAAAAAAUAAACCAUUUAAUCAUUAAUUUUUGGACACCCCCUAUUCGAAAAAAUGCUUUUAUUUUUGCCGCCUUAAUUCAAAAAAAAUAAGAAAACAAAAUCAAAGUGGGCUGUGUUUAAGCUUUAAAAGCAAAUUUUGUUGUUAUAACGACACAUAAUAAGUCGUAAUGGAUAGGCGUCAGUUACCGGAACGCGAAUCAAAUUCUCCAGAACCCAAAAGGGCCAGAAGAGAUGGCAUGUGGUACUUGCAUAUUGGCUUGGAUGGCGACAGAUGUGGACUGAGGGCUCAGCUCAUACAGGAAGUUCAGCCACCAGCAUUGAAUUUAGAAGAGUCAGAAUCCGAAAGUUCUUCGGACGGGGAGGAUUCGAGCACCGAGUCAGAGGUCUCCGUACAUGCUCCAUACAACGAGAGUGGUUACGAGUCGGAGACUCUUGACGACACAUCCAACACCGAAGAAGUGGAUGAUCCAUCCGAAGUGGAAGACGCACCUGAAAAUUUAGGUGGUUCGUAUGCUUUACUGAUUUAAUAUUUUUCAAUUUCUUUCCAAUUAUAUUGCCAGUCAAGCUUCAAAGUUUACUCUAGGAGCUGGACUUUGAUUAAAUACAUAAAUUACAACAUAAUCAUGAGCCUAAACAUUAUUAUUUAAAAGAAAAGACAAUAAAUAAAGGAAUCGUCGUAACGCGUUUUAAAUUUUU